GCAUAGGUAGCAACUCCUCAGAGAAGGCAUUUUCGCUUCCCCAUUUGCAGAUUCCUCCCUAUCUCACAAGGCGGUCCUCGAUCUACUUUUUCCAUUUCUUUCUUAGAAAUGGCACGGUUGGGGCUCAUAUUGGCAAUUGCUCUUGUCUUCAUCGCAUCCAUGGGAGAUGCUGCCGUUGUCGAGCACACGUUCCAUGUUGGAAACCUCACGGUACGACGAUUGUGCCAGAGCAGAGUGAUCACUGCCGUGAAUGGUCGUCUUCCGGGCCCAACCAUAGAUGUCCACGAGGGCGAUACCGUGGUGGUUCAUGUCGUCAACGACUCACCAUACAACCUUACCAUCCACUGGCAUGGCGUAUUUCAGAUACUGAGUGCUUGGGCCGANGGCCCAAGCAUGAUAACCCAAUGCCCGAUACAACCCGGGAACAGCUACACCUACAAAUUCAAAAUUACCGGCCAAGAGGGCACCCUGUGGUGGCAUGCCCAUUCCUCAGUCCUCCGAGAAACAGUCUACGGUGGUCUCAUCAUCAGACCCAGGCAAGGCACCAAAGCCUACCCUUUCUCCAAACCAGACGAGGAAGUCCCUAUUCUACUCGGUGAGUGGUGGAACGCGAACAUAGUUGACUUGGCCACGCAAGCCUUUCUAACCGGCGACGCUAUGAAUGUUUCCGAUGCAUAUACCAUCAAUGGAAAAACCGGUGACCUUUACCCAUGUUCAACAGAAGACAUCUACGAGUUGGAAGUGGAGACGGGAAAGACCUACUUGCUCCGGAUCAUCAACGCUGCACUCGAUAAUCAGCUCUUCUUCAAGAUCGCCGGACACCGCUUCACCGUGGUAGCCGUGGAUGCCAGCUACACCAAGCCCUACAAGACUGAUGUGAUCGUCAUCGCCCCCGGCCAGACCGUCGAUGCCCUCAUGGUGGCCGAUGCAACACCGGCGAGCUACUACAUGGCCGCCCUCCCGUACAUCAGCACCACUAGCCCGCGGCCGCCCGUCGACAACACAACCACCACGGGCAUCGUCCUAUACAAAUCCGCCUCACCGUCUUCGCAACCCGUGAUGCCGACCAUGCCCUCCUUCUUCGACAACGAUGCGGCCUUCCGCUUCUACUCCAACCUAACCGGUCUCUGCAGGCCAGGGGACCGCACCGUCCCUCUCCAUGUCGACGAGCGCAUGUUCGUCACGGUGGGGUUGGGCCGGGUUGCUUGCCAGCCUGGUCAAGUGUUGUGUAAUCAGACCGCGGGAGCGCUCGCCGCCAGCAUGAACAACGCGUCCUUCCAGUUGCCCACCACCAUGUCGAUUUUGCAGGCACAUUAUGAGGGGGUGGAGGGGGUUUACACGGCGGACUUCCCCGACGAGCCGCCGGUGUUCUUCGAUUUCACCAACGCCUCCGAUCCAUCGCUGCAGUACUUGAUGUUCACGUCCAAGUCUACGAAGGUGAAAAGGCUCAAGUACAACACGACGGUGGAGAUGGUGCUGCAGGACACGGCGAUACUGGGGAUCGAGAGCCACCCGAUGCACAUCCAUAGUUUCAACUUCUUCGUGGUGGCGCAAGGGUUCGGAAACUACGAUCAAGCCACGGCAGAAAAGACCUACAACCUCGUGGACCCACAACAGAGGAACACCAUCGCCGUUCCGACCGGCGGUUGGGCCGUCAUCCGGUUCACUGCAAAUAAUCCAGGUGUGUGGAUCAUGCACUGCCACUUUGACUCCCACUUGUUGCUGGGGUUGGCGACGGCCUUCGAGGUGGACAAUGGACCCACCCCUGAAUCCACCCUCCCCCCGCCACCUCCGGAUUACCCCACUUGUUAGAAGAGGCUGAGGAGGGUUGAGGACAACCGGACAGUUAAUAAGAUAGAAUAGGAGAAAGACAAACGUCCGUCUUCAUUCUAUAUGUUAUUUUGUUGAAGAUUCCCCAUUGAUUUGUGCUUUCUACCUACCAAGUGUACAAGACAAUAAACAGUCCGUUCUUUGAAAUAAAUAUUAAUUCAUUGGACUCCCAAUU